AAAGUGUGGCGGCUGGGAAUGCACCUUGAAGAUGUAACAUCUGGAUGCAGUUAGCCCAAGAGAGAGUGAGAAAUGGAGAGAGACCAGAGAUCUUGACGGCUGAUGUUCUGGGCUCUUGGGAAGUCCGACAUAUGAGGUCCUCCAGCUGAGCAAUGAGAUAUUAACGGGCAACCGAUUAAAAGAGGCAACCGAGCCCGGGGUCUUCUGCCGGAGGUGAAGACAGGAGGUGGGAGGAAAAGGAAGAAAACUGUCCGUCUGAGCAUGGUAAGAGUUUUGUUUCUAGUAGUGCAGUCCUAGGAAGUUCAGUGUUGCUUACUCCCAAAUACAGUGGUACCUCGGUUUAAGUACAGUCCUGUUUACGAACGAUUCGGUUUACGGACUCCGCAAAACUGGAAGUAGUGUCCCAGUUUGCAAACUUUACCUCGGUUUAAGAACAGAAUCUGAACGGUGGAAGGGCACCGGCGGCGGGAGGCCUCAUUAGGGAAAGUGCACCUCAGUUCAAUAACGGUUUUGGUUUAAGAAUGGACUUCUGGAAAGGAUUAAGUUUGUAAACUGAGGUACCACUAUAUGGGAUUCAGGGCCAGCUCAAGCAAUUUUGCUGCCUGAGGCAAAGGAGGCACCUGCCACCCCAGGCCAUAGAGAGAAUCCCACCAUCCUGGCAGAGGAAUCUUACUGACAAUGGGACGGUAUACCUGAGGCCAACAGGGGAAUUGGGAGGAAUGGGCUGUUGUCAUUCGCUCAGCGUCUGCCGCUUGAGGCAGCCCCCCUCCGACUCUGUCCAAUGGCAGGGCCGGCCCCACUAGAGCUGUAGCUUCAGUCUACAAAAUGCCUCCAUGCGAGAGAAAUCCUUGAGGGGGACAAAUGGAUUUGCAAAGGUCUUGUUCCCACGUUACAGUUCUCCACUCUUUUUGGAUUUCCCCCUGUCCGAAACACAGACUUCCCCAAUGCGCCUUCCCCUGCUUCGGUUCCAGUGAUGUCUGGUGGCAUUAACUCCCACCCUGGGGAAACUGUAAGAAAACAAGUUGUGCCUCAUCUAAGGCUGACCGAUACAAGACGGAUGAGUUUUAGGAUUUGUGACAGGUGCCAUCCUGGCCCCGCGGCCAGCAACUGAGUGGCAAGUCAGCUGAGGGAAAGCAAAUAGGGAGCCUCUUAUAUGUUCAGUUGCACAGCAGGCGUUAUGUGGGAAUGUGGUCUUAUUAUCCUGGACGGCAAUGAAAACUGUUGCUCAGCUCGGUUUGGACCUUACUUUGGGGAAAAGGUGGACUAAACCAGGAUAGCCUGUUGAGAAAAGAUGUCAGGCUAUGGUUAUGAACCACCCUGAGAUCUACAGGUAUAGAAAUUUAAUAAAUGAUAGUAAUAAUAAUACUGCAUGGAAUGCGAAAGGUUGGAAAUUCCAUCUCUGACUUCUCCAGGGAAGGCAGAGAAAGACCUCUGUCUGAAACCUCGAGAGCUUGAAUCAGAAGAAUCUUCCUUUGCACCAGCCACUAGCCAUAGCAAUAAAAUAAAAUAAAAUGUACUGAAGAGGUAAAAACCUAACGAUAGAAAAUACAUUUGGGGGGUUUACAUAAUCAAAUAAUAAAUGUUAUACUAAUCACCCCUGCUAAAAACCUUGCGGUUUUUGCUGUCAGCUGAUCAUCUUGAUCUGCUAGACGAAAGGACACAGUAGCAAUGGUUGAGUGACCCGGCAUGGACAAUAAUAGAGGGGUAAUAACCUCACUAGGGACGCGGGUGGCGCUGUGGGUUAAACCACAGAGCCUAGGACUUGCCGAUCAGAAGGUUGGCAGUUCGAAUCCCCGCGACGGGGUGAGCUCCCGUUGCUCGGUCCCUGCUCCUGCCCACCUAGCAGUUUGAAAGCAUGCCAAAGUGCAAGUAGAUAAAUAGGUACUGCUCCGGCGGGAAGGUAAACGGCGUUUCCGUGCGCUGCUCUGGUUCGCCAGAAGCGGCUUAGUCAUGCUGGCCACAUGACCCGGAAGCUGUCUGUGGACAAACACCGGCUCCCUCGGCCAAUAAAGCAAGAUGAGCGCCGCAACCCCAGAGUCGGUCACGACUGGACCUAAUGGUCAGGGGUCCCUUUACCUUUACCUUUAAUAACCUCACUCCUCAAAUCUUUAUAAAGAGUGCAAGCCAGAAGCACAUGAGCCACUGACUCAAUACUGCCAUCUCCACAGGGACAUAACUGUUGACCUAGAGAUCUACUGCCCAUCGGUGUAGAGGCAGCACUGAGAUAAAUGGGCCAGUAGACACAUAGAAAUUAAUUGUCCUUUUAUUAUUAUUAUUAUUAUUAUUAUUACCACUGAUUUAUUAAUUGCCUUCUAAGCCACCAUUUCAAGACAAUUUCAUUGGCAUCCAUCUGUCUCGAGAGCCAAUGAAGUGCGCCUCUGGGGGUGAAGUAAAAUCACUGCGUAAGCAGCACUGAAGUGACCUUUCUGGGGUGCAAUCCUGGACAGUUUGUAUGGAGAUCCUAGGCUGUCUAGACAAGAAGACGCCCCUCCCUCUCAGCCUUGCUGAUAUGGUCCAAAGGAAAGCAGAGCAACCUGUUUGACACCAGCUUGGCUGCAGGAGUUGCUGGAAGGAGGUGUGCGAGUCGCCAUCGAACCGUCUUAGGGACUCCAAUUCAGAUUCCUGAGCCUUUUCUCCCACGACAGCAGAGGUUUUGGGUGAGAGCUUUCCUCCUCCUAGGCGAUAAUUAAAAGCAGUUAAGAACACCACAAUAGCAAAUAUGUCUAAAGCAAAACUAAAACCCUAAGAAGUAGACAGCCUCAGGAAAGACCCAUUUAUCCAGCUGUGAAAGGAACCUGUCUUUAAUUGUUUCUGAAAAGUUCAGAUAAGUGGUUUCCUGUCGCAUCUCGACAGGAAUGCUAUUUCGCGGAACGGUAUUAUGAACAGAUAUGGCGGAGAAAUAAGCAUCUUCCCCCAGAGCUGGGCACAUUUUGCAUCCAUUAUGGCUGGCAUAAAUAACAUUUUCAUACUUGAUAGCAUCACAGUAUGGACUCCCUGAGCAGACUUGAUGUAACCGUUUCCAGAGAGGUGUCUUCUGUGAGUCUCCUGCAGAAAUAACAACAGAAUCUUAACGGUGAAUGAAUGAAUGGAUUAGGCUGUAAGCUUUGUGAACGGAGACACGCUUCAUCCGAUGCAUGACAUGAAAUCUUAAUUUGCAAGGUAUGGCAGGAGCUGAAUGGCAAUGAGAUGCAAGCGUUACAGCCAGUGAUAACUAGAACUUAGAAACCGUUUUGUAAUAAACAGAGCAGAUAAAAUGGCACUGGUGAGCUGAUUUGUGCAACAUAACAAACCUCCAUUAAGCAUCUUUGAGGGCUUUCGAUGCAAUGGCAACCACUUAUCCCAUGAAUGUGCACAGUAGUUCAUAAAGGUAAAGGGACCCCUGACCAUUAGGUCCAGUCGUGACCGACUCUGGGGUUGCGGCGCUCAUCUCGCUUUAUUGGCCGAGGGAGCUGGCGUACAGCUUCCAGGUCAUGUGGCCAGCAUGACUAAGCCGCUUCUGGCGAACCAGAGCAGCGCACGAAAAUGCCGUUUACCUUCCCACCGGAGCGGUAUCUAUUUAUCUACUUGCACUUUGACGUGCUUUCGAACAGCUAGGUUGGCAGGAGCAGGGACCGAGCAAUGGGAGCUCACCCCGUCGCAGGGAUUUGAACCGCCAACCUUCUGAUCGGCAAGUCCUAGGCUCUGUGGUUUAACCCACAGCGCCACCCGCGUCCCACAGUUGUUCAUACCAUGAGCCAAAAAUGAGCCUGCACAGAGAAAUGAUCAAUGGGGUGGUUUGUGCUGUUUCUUCACUUAUGGUGGAGUUUCGUCCAAGUUUCAGUUUGAGGAGAAGUGUAUUGUUCAGGCCCUGUGGCAUUUAUGCACCUGCUGCAAGUUUGUGAUAUAGUCCUCGCUUUGCCCCAUCCUUAAUGCCUGGAAGUCCAACCUCGACACCUAAGGCAACUGAGAUAGCUGGUGUCUCAAAAAGAAGUUCCCGACAACAACCUUGCUCUCCCACUUUAUAAAAUGUCUUUGCAAACAGUGCAUGUGAUUCCAAGCGCCCUGUGAAUACUUAUACCUUUAUCUACAUUUCCACUUUUACGAGCUCAGGCAGCAUUCGUGGUAUGCCCACUCUUGUUUUUCCCUCCCAACAACCCUGUGAGGUAGGCUAGUCUGAGAAACGGACUGUCCCAAGGCUGGUGGUCAGUGUGCUUCAGGAGUGAGCUGGGUUUUGAACCCACCCAAGAUUUCCUCUCUGCCAACACAGGAAACGACCCUGUGCCUUUCCCAAGAUUCUGUUGUUGUUGUUUAGUCGUUUAGUUGUGUCCGACUCUUUGUGACCCCAUGGACCAGAGCACACCAGGCACUCCUGUCUUCCACUGCCUCCCACAGUUUGGUCAGACUCAUGCUGGUAGCUUCGAGAACACUAUCCAACCAUCUCGUCCUCUGUUGUCCCCUUCUGUUUCCCAACAUCAGGGUCUUUUCCAGGGAGUCUUCUCUUCUCUUCUCAUGAGGUAGCCAAAGUAUUGGAGCCUCAGCUUCAGGAUCUGUCCUUCCAGUGAGCACUCAGGACUGAUUUCCUUAAGAAUGGAGAGAUUUGAUCUUCUUGCACUCCAUGGGACUCUCAAGAGUCUCCUCCAGCACCAUAAUUCAAAAGCAUCAAUUCUUCAGCAAUCAGCCUUCUUUAUGGUCCAGCUCUCACUUCCAUACAUCACUACUGGGAAAACCAUAGCUUUAACUAUACGGACCUUUGUCGGCAAGGUGAUGUCUCUGCUUUUUAAGAUGCUGUCUAGGUUUGUCCCAAGAUUCUGCCCAUGCGCAAAUAUUUCCAUCCUUCGUGCCUGCAGGCAUUUGAGGAUGAGUUGAUUUCCAGAGCGGAGUGCUGCAAUGAAAGCCUCAGUUAACCAUCCUCCUCCCUUCCACAAAAGUUCAUGAAGUUGAUUUGUUUUUAAAGGAACGAUGGAAGUCUCCUUCGGAGAGUUUCUGUGACUAUUUCCUCGAGCCAACUGACAUUCUCAGCAUUACCAUGUGAGCUAGUUCCAGUAUAACUUCUAGGAAUCCUUGUCCAGGAAGUCAGUCAAAGAGCCAAUUCUUUCCCUCCACACCUACUGGCCAGGAUCUCAACUUUCAAAUCUUCAGCACAACACGGGGUGCCACUCACAGCAAGGAUCCCUGCUGAUUCCCAAGGCUAGAUGUUAGCGAGACAGCGAGAAGGGAAUUGUUUUAGCAGUAAAGGCUCUUGGAGGACAAGAAUGCUGAGCCUGCCCCCCCCCCAUUUUCUCUGAGAGAGCUGUAGUGGUUUCAAAAAUAUGUGCAAGGUUGCACAUUUGAGCACUGAUGCAGACAUGCCGUCUGCAUAUUAAAGAGAGCCUUGCACUCUUGGAUGGAGCCAGCCCAGAGUUGUCAGUUGUGCAACGGAUGGUUCUUUCUCCUCUGGUUUUUAUUAAUAAUUUUUAUUUGAUUUAACGAGCUUAGAGUUAUAACAAUAACAAAUAAAUAUCCACAUUUAGAGAUUUCUCUGAAUCUCUAGACUCCCCCCCCAUCCCCUCCAUGGGUCUUAUUGUCAACGUUUUCAACUGCAUAUUAUUUCACAAUCCAUAUUUUGUAUGUAUUCAUAUUGUCCGUAGUAUUUGUUACAUUACAAAUGUCAUUAAAAUCCUGCUAAUGUUUUCAUCUGCUUACAGUGGCCUCCUAAAUAUAUUAUAAAAUUUCCCCAUUCUUUCUUAAAGUUUUUGUCUUCUUGGUUCCUGAGCAGUUUUGCCAUUUCGGCGUACUCAAACAGCUUGGUUUGCCAUUCCUCUCUGGUCAGGACUUUGUCUUCUUUCCAUCUCUGGGCUAGUAACAUCCAAGCUAUUGUCACAUACAUAAAAAAGUCUUUUCUGCUCCUUUGAGAUGUCAGUACCUACAAUUACUAAUUAAAAAGCUUCUGGUUGUUUUUUUUUUAACAAAAGUUAUUUUAAACAUCCCCCCCAAUUCAUUAUAUAUCAUUUCCCAGAAUGCUUUUAUAACUGUACAUGACCACCACAUAUGAAAAAUGGUACCUUCUUCUUCUUUACAUUUCCAGCAGGUAGUUGUACUUGUCUUAUACAUUUUUGCUAACUUCGUUGUUGUUGUUGUUUAGUCGUUUAGUCGUGUCCGACUCUUCGUGACCCCCUGGACCAGAACACGGCAGGCACUCCUGUCUACCACUGCCUCCCGCAGUGUGGUCAGACUCAUGCUGGUAGCUUCAAGAACACUAUCCAACCAUCUCGUCCUCUGUCGUCCCCUUCUCCUUGUGCCCUCCAUCUUUUCCAACAUCAGGGUCUUUUCCAGGGAGUCUUCUCUUCUCAUGAGGUGGCCAAAGUAUUGGAGCCUCAGCUUCAGGAUCUGUCCUUCCAGUGAGCACUCAGGGCUGGUUUCCUUCAGAAUGGAGAGGUUUGAUCUUCUUGCAGUCCAUGGGACUCUCAAGAGUCUCCUCCAGCACCAUAAUUCAAAGGCAUCAAUUCUUCGGCAAUCAGCCUUCUUCGCGGUCCAGCUCUUACUUCCAUACAUCACUACUGGGAAAACCAUAGCUUUAACUAUACGGACCUUUGUCUCUGCUUUUUAAGAUGUGGUCUAGGUUUGUCAAUGCUUUUCUCCCAAGAAGCAGGCGUCUUUUAAUUUUGCUAACUUACUAGGAGUCAAAUACGAAUGGUACAUCAUUUUUAUAUAGUUUUCUUUCACCAUGCAACAUGACAACUUUCUCCAUUGCUUAAGAAAGCGACUAACCUAAGUCUUUUCUGGCAAACCUGCACCACACCCAUUUAGGCAGCUGGAUGUGCUAUUUUGGCGCAUUCGAUCUUUGUGCUCAAAGUGCUUCAUUCAUUCAUUCAUCCAUUGUGCAUUUGGGUGGGCCACAUGGCUGGCAAGAACCACUGCUGAGUGGGGUAGGACUUACCUUGCUCAUUCUCGUGGCAUUGUGGGUGUUACCCAGAAAGUGGGGUGCCUCUUCUUCUAUCUCUGUGAUAUGCCCCUACCUAUGAGCCUUUUGUUUCCCAUAGGAUGAUGCUUGUCUUCACUCCUUGUCGUUCGUCAGCAGCAGAAAAAACUUGGCUGCUCAAAAUAUUCUGUUAUGAUUACGAUUGCCCACAGUCUCAAAUGAUAGGGCUGGUCCCGCUCAUACUUUGUGCCUGCGGCCGAAAAACCCUUGCUGAUGUCAUGUGGAAACGACGGCGGCAGAAAUCCCUAGUCUCCCUGCGCACUUGGGCCUUUCAUGUUUCCGCAGCGGCAGCGACUCCCAAUUCAGGUCACUUCAGCAAACUGGCAAACCCACAACCCACUUUUUAACCUCUUGGGUGUCUGAAAAAGUGGCUUGUUGACUCGUGGGAGCAAGCCAAGCCAGGCCAGGAACUGGGCCAGGGAAGACAACAGAGGAAACCUGCGUUUGUGCAGACUUUGGGAUUGUGGCCAAUGUACACAGCUGCAUUGGAGAGGUGACUCUCCUUUGCAUGAGUGGCGAUUUUGAGCAUAUGUGUGUUGGCUUUUUGCUGUUCUUUUCUCUCGACGGCAGCAGAAAUGGGGUCUCAGAACAAGUGGAAAUUAUUUUGCUUUGGGGGGGGAGUCUCCUUUGAGGAUGAUUAUUUAUUAUAGUUGCUUUUUUUCGUUUUCAUUUUUGUACAAAAAGUAAACUCCAAGCGACUUGCAGGGAUCUCCACUCUUAAUUCACUCCUUUCAUCUGGCUAUCUUGGAAUCUAAAGAAUGCACAUUAUGCAUUCCUUGGGGAAAAGAAAAUGGAGACUAUAUCUGCUGACUUGCAUGCCUUCAACGGAACCGAUGCUGUCCCCUGUGAGGAACAAACUAGCACACUGCAAAUCUUGAAGAAACUGAAAAUCUGUGUUUUGCAGUUUUGUAUGCAGUGUGAAAAUAGAGGGUUUUUUUUUUUAAUAUGUAAAGCAUUUUUUUCCCUUCAGAAAAACAAAUUAUUAAGAACGGCUUUGGAGAAUCUAAGGAGGCACACAACAGCUUUUGAAGCCAUUGGGAGUCAGCGCUGGUAAUCCUAUUAAGAAAGAAAAAUAUAAAACAAGACGGUGGUUCCUUCCGUACGGGAUGUUCAGCCUAGAAUUGUUCCGACUUCAUUCAGCCUCUGCUGAUGGAGAAUCCAGACAACAUCAUUGCCAGCUCAUUGCAUUCUGACUUCUUUCUCAAGGCCAAAUUCAUGGCAACACCCCCAUCUCAGCAAAAAAGCAACUACAGUGUCAGUCUGGGUGCAAAUACCUGUGGAGUAUUUUCUGGGCUACUGUGCUUUUAAAUAACAGCUUCCUUCUCUGGAAGGAAUAGUUUCCUCUGCCUCUCCCACCCUCUUCCACCCCACAUUUGCUUUUCUCUUUCCUUAGCUAAGUAACUGCGCCAACAUUUGACAAGGGACAACUUGGAGCCAGUGACAUAGCGUGGGUUGCCAAUGUCCGGGGCCAUGGAAGUAGGGAAAGGGAUGAAGUACGCAUACACAUUAAAGUGCCUAGUAGCAUUUCUUCUUUCCUCCACGCUGAAUUCCCAGAAUAUCACCAAAGUCUUUUUUAUAUCUCCUCACAAAGGCAUGAGCUUUCAUUGGUUCUACACACCUCUGUUUUUCACCUUUAUAAGUAAAGGAAAUUCAUUCAGUGAAUUCCCAUCUGACGGGCCUCCCACCUCAGGAUCACCAACAGAUUAGAAGCAGUCCUCAUUUAAAGGCAAAUUUACACUUUCUGAAUCAAUACACAAAGCAAAACUUGGCCACUCUUCAAUAAUCACAUUUCCCCAAGUUUUGCAAUGCUGUUUUCCAGACAAGCAAUGUGUAUAUAGCACUUGGGAAGACAGGUAAACUAAUGCCAGUACAGUCAUAACUCGGGUUGAAUGUGCUUUGGGAUGAGCACGUUCAAGUUGCGCUCCGCGGCAACCCGGAAGUAACAGAGUGCGUUACUUCCAGGUUUCGCCGCUUGCAUAUGCACAGACGCUCAAAAUGACAUCACACGCAUGCACAGAAGUGCCGAAACAUGACCCGCACAUGCGCAGACGCACGGACAAGGGUUACGUUUGCAUCUAUAUGCGAACGGGGCUCCGAAACAGAUCCCGUUCGCAACUAGAGGUACCACUGUAUACUGGAAGAAGCAAAGAUCACCAGUGUUGAAGCAAUGCUUCUUCAACAUCAACUUCAUUAGACUGGUCAUGUUGUGCGGAUGCCUGAUGAUCGUUUGCCAAAGCAACUACUCUGAACUUAAAAAUGGAAAGCGUAAAGUUGGUGGACAACAAAAGAGGUUUAAAGAUUCUCUCAAGGCAAAUCUAAAAAAAUGUAGUAGAAACACAGACAACUGGGAAACACUGGCCUGCGAGUGCUCCAAUUGGAGAACAGUCUUUUCCAAAGAUGUCGUGGGCUUUGAAGACACUCGAACUCAGGACAAAAGGGAGAAACGUGCUAAGAAGAAGGCACACUUGGCAAACCCUCACCGUGAUCAACUCCCACCCGGAAACCUAUGUCUCCACUGUGGAAGAAAGUGUGGAUCCAGAAUUAGCCUCCACAGUCACUUACGGACUCACUGUUAAGACCGUGUUUAUGGAAGACAAUCUUACUCAGCUACGAGUGAUCGCCAAAGUAGAAGAAUAUAGUAGGGGAAAAUGGGCAUAAAUUACUGAAAACAGCAUGCAAAAAACAAACAAACCACUUUCUGUCCAGAUUGCAUGCAAACAUGUGUAUAUGAGGGGAAAUUUGUGCUAAAGUGCUGGAGAAGUUUCACGAGGUUUUAAAAAGAACAACCUGCAAAUUGAUGUGGAAAUGUGUGGAACUGGACCUAAGUCUGGGGAAACCAGCAACUGAGAGAAACUGAUAUUGAUGGAUUUGCCCAUCCCCCGCUUCAACCGGAUCCUUUAAACUGGAGAUGCCAGGAAUUGAAUCUGGGACGUUCUGCAAGCAACGCAUGCUACACUAUGCUUCCUUUCCAAGGGAUGUUCCUAACUUCCAGGGUGAAACAUGUUGUCCCCCCUCUCCUGUAUUCACGCCAGCAAUCAAAACCGUAUGUAUGGGUUUGGCACUGGGCUGAAUUUCAGCCAUAAAAUAAAAACGCCUCUCUCCUUUGUCAGGCAGGCGUUUUAGUGGGGAAAUGUUUAGCAUGUUGCUUGCAGAAGCAAGACGGUUGUGGGUUGUCUCUCCCCCCCCCCAACCCCCAAUCUCCACAUCAUCUUCUUCACAACUGCUAAGCCGCUUUAGGCUUUUGAUAUUGGGUGCCAGAAUCAACACAAGGAAUUUACUUUUAAGAUAUCAUCUUUCAUUUGUGAAAGGGGAGAGGGAACGGGAGAUUGCAUUUUGUUGAUGGUGAGCAGCCUAGAGCAGAAGGGAUUCAAGUGAAAACUCGCCAAAGCCAGGGGACGCAAACCAGAAAGCAAUAUUUUGUGCUUGGAAGCUGCAAACUGUUUUCUUUUUUUAUUUUAUUUUUUAAAAAAUACUUUUAUUAAAGAUUUUCUUGCUUUACAAAAGUACAUGCCUUGUCUCUUUUUUCUGAUUGCACAGUACAGUCGUACCUUGGAUGUCGAACGGAAUCUGUUUCGGAAGUCCGUUCGACUUCCCAAAAGUUCAGAAACCAAAGCCUGGCUUCCAAUUGGCUGCAGGAAGCUCCUGCAGCCAAUCAGAAGCCCCAUCAGAUGUUUGGCUUCCAAAAAUAGUCCGCAAACCGGAACAGUCACUUCCGGGUUUGUGGUGUUUGGGAGGCAAAAUGUUCGAGAACUAAGCUGUUUGAAAACCAAGGUACGACUGUAUUUCUUACAAAUCAGUUACAUUUGUUGUGAGACCUUAAUGUUGAGUACAGUACAGUGGUACCUCGGGUUACAGACGCUUCAGGUUACAGACUCCGCUAACCCAGAAAUAGUACCUCGGGUUAAGAACUUUGCUUCAGGAUGAGAACAGAAAUCGCAUGGCAGCAGCGGGAGGCCCCAUUAGCUAAAGUGGUACCUCAGGUUAAGAACAGUUUCAGGUUAAGAACGGACCUCCGGAACGAAUUAAGUUCUUAACCCAAGGUACUACUGUAUAAGGUUGGGGAGCAGGAGUCUGUAGCAUAAAGCAGCAGGCUGGGAACAUUUGCUCACAGUAGAUCUGCUAAAGCACAGCUGUUCCAGUAAUUUAGGAUGACCAUGUGCCUUACUUUACAGAGGACAGACUUCUGUUUGAAGGCAUCCUCUGUUCGAAGGGAUGUCUGCUCCGAGUCUGAUUUAAAGAUUAAAAAACCCAGUAAGAUAAAAUAUUUUUUAAAAAACUGUAAGAAGGGAGUCCAGAAGCCUAGAUGUUGCCCACCAAUAGUCCACACCUGGACAGUUAACCUACUCUGCAUAAAUAAGUAAAUCUGUACCCUCUUUUAAAAUUUAUUUAAAGUGAUGCAUUUCCUCCCCCCGCCCCCAGCAAAGCAUUAAGUGGCCACCGUACAGUAAUUUCUCUGCUGUACUUUUCUGCGUUUGCAGCCUACACACACACACUCCAACCAGGAGUCAUAUACCGUAUUUGUCGUCCUAUAAGGCGCACUGGCCCAUAGGACGCACCUUGUUUUUUGGGGGGGGAAAUGAAUUUUUAAAAAAAUUUCCCCCCCAGCCGCGGGGCUGGGGCAGGGGAAGCCCGAGCUUCCCCCGACCCCAGCCCACAGAACAGGCUGCCGCCUCAAGCCUUGCGCGCCCGGCGGGACCUCCCGCCAGGCGCGCAAGGCUUGCGGACACCAGCCCGAAGCACGGGGCGUCCUCCGGAGGGGGAACUCCCACCGGGCGUGCAAGGCUUGCGGAUAGCUUCCUGAAGCGUGGAGAGCGAGAGGGGUCGGUGAGCACCGACGCCUCUCGCUCUCCAGGCUUCAGCGAAAGCCUGCAUUCACCUCAUAGGACGCACACACAUUUCCCCUUCAUUUUUGGAGGGGGAAAGUGCGUCCUAUAGGGCGAAAAAUACGGUAUUUAUUCUUUUUUUGUUCCAUCAUCAUGGCAUUUAACCAGGACAGGGAAUGAUCUUGUCAAUCACUGUAUUUGGAAGGGGGAGAGAGAGAGAAAGAGGCAGGCGCUGGAAUGCAUCAAGAAGAGGAUGUUCGCUGCCUCUGAAGAGAUCGGAGCAGGAGCAGACAAGGAAAUUAAUAACAGAUUUCUGGCAUCUCCUCACAAUUUAUGUUGGUUCUGUUUUCCGCGAUGCGAGACCAAGCUUGCAGCAAAGGUCCUGGAUAGAAUGUAUUAUUAUAAUAAUAAGGAAGGGACUUUGUGGAGGAAGAGGUACAGAUGGAGAAAAGGCAGGGAGCCUCAUUUGGAGUUCGUUCAGGUAGCGUUGCUGGAGUCAGAGUCCCCCAAUGUGGAUGCUUUGCUUUCAUUUUAUUCAGGUUCAAUGCAGAGACUUCUGUCAUGUCCCUUUGCUCGGCUAUUAUACUGCUUAGGAGUUUUUUUGGCAGAAAAUUCUAUCCAGUCUUUCAGCCAGGAGGCUGGGGAGCCCACGAGAAGCUUUGUGAGGCGCAAGAAUGAGGCUGGGAGUUUGUUUGCUUGCGAUGGCUCAGUUCCUGGAGCCUUGCCGUGGUGUCUGCUUAAAGGUGUUACAGGAAAAUCCUUGGACUCACUUGGAUUGCCAAACAAAGACACCAGCCAAGAAUAUAGGAGCAAAACAGCAGCCUAUAGGCCUGAUCUUUAUUCAAAAGACUGUUGCAACAGGACUUCUACCCACCAUAUGAAAGAACCAGGAAGAAGCCCAGAACAAAAGGAUGCUCUUACUUUUAUGAGUUUUCCCUUUUACCCACAACACCCUUAGUAAGCAUCAUAGAUAUGUCACAAACAGGGAGGGGUUUUUUCUGGCAGAAACCGGCUAAUCAGGUUUGCCCCCAUCUAUCCCUUGCCCUCCACCUCACACCCAUUGAAGUGUAGGUGGGUUUCCACAAGGCAAGACACAGUGAUGACAGCAAGAACCUAUAUCGAACUACAUAACUGGGAAACGGGCAAAGCAACUGCUUAUAUACAUUCCUGAAAGCCUGGGCCACUCCCACUCCCAACGCGAUUGGCUGUCUAAACUUCUAAGCUGCAAAUCACGACUCAGAGUCUAAGGGCCAAUGGCAGAGGCCCAAAUCCUGAAAUGCUCUGUGAUUGGACAUCAUGUAUCAAAUCAGAACACAGGAUCUCAGAAUCCUUAGUCCAGACUCAAGCUCAGGCAAACACAGACCACUGAAUACAUAACACCCAUCAAUGGAAAUAUUUACAAAUUCCUGGUUUUCCCAGUCAGGUAAUCACACUUCGUUGUCCUGACAGAGAGCACAAUCCAUUCUUGGAUGGUCUGCUAUUGUCCAUGGCACCCAUUUGCCAGUGUCAUGUACUGAAGUUCUCACCCUGGGCCAGCAGGGGGAUACUGUAGAUAGUUUUCACACACUUCCACAUAUGCAAAGUGACGUUCCGUGAUUGGAUAGUUACAGAAAGUGGUUACUGUUGCGUUGUAGUGGAGCUCUAUAUAAGCAGGCUGGCUGAACCCUUCAGUUCAGUUCUGUUCUGGCCUGUGAAUAAACAAGAGCUGUUUGAAGAAUCGCUGUGUCGCCACAACUUAACAGCCAGGAUGCCAGUGAUUAUCUCUUGUGCAAGAGGCUACUGUGCACGUUCCGGUAACAAGGUGCACGCUCAAAAGAUGGGCUUUAAGUAUGGCUGCAACACCACAUAAAAAUCUGCUUUGCGGUGCCACUGCGUUCCACGAGUCUUCCAGAAUGACUACUAUCCAGGGCCUUGCCCCACCGACUUUAAUCCGGCUUGCCCCCAGAAUGGAAGUGAGCCUGUUUGUAAUUUUCAUUUAUUUUAACCUGCCUUUCUAGCAUUAUGCCCCCACAAACCGGCACCCAAAGGAACGAGAAGCAAGUUACAGUCGAAGAAUAGUCACAGCGGAACAGAUGUGCUGAUUGCCAUGAGAAACUACUCUGGAGACACAAGCUGGUAUGAAUUGCAGGUCCCCACAUUUUGAAGGAAAAAGUCACCAAUCCGCUUUAAAUUCUUUAGUCGCAACGCUUCGGCAGCCAGCUAUUUCUUAGGAAACACAUUGAGUGUUUAUUCCUUUAUUGUAAAUGGAGCCUCACGCUGUCUACUGAGACAUAAGUCCCACUGUACAGUGGUACCUCAGGUUAAGUACUCAAUUCGUUUUGGAGAUCCAUUCUUAACCUGAAACUGUUCUUAACCUGAAGCACUUUAGCUAAUGGGGCCUCUUCCUCCUGCUGCACCUCCAGAGCACAAUUUCUGUUCUCAUCCUGAAGCAAAGUUCUUAACCCCGAGCAGUGGCGUAGCGUGGGGGGUGCAGGGGGGGGCCAGCCGCACCGGGCGCAACAUCGGGGGGGGGCGCUCACACUCGCAGCUCUCUGCCCCUACCUGGCUCACUCACUCUCUCUCACUGCAGUGCUGGCUGUGCGAAUCCGAUCCGAGCCGCUGGGUUGCCGCCCACUGUGGAGGGGGUAGGUGCCAGGCGUGCGGUGCGGAGAGAGAGCGAGAGACUAUCUGGGGGAGGGACAGUGCAGCGGCCGCCCAGCGCAGCGCGGGAGAGAACCACACCAGACCAGACCAGGCAGCAGCAAGAAGAAGCUGGCAGCGGCGGCAGGUUAGGGGUUAGGGGGCGCAAAUUACUUGCCUUGCCCCGGGUUAGGGGGCGCAAAUUACUUGCCUUGCCCCGGGUUAGGGGGCGCAAAUUACUUGCCUUGCCCCGGGUGCUGACAACCCACGCUACGCCGCUGACCCCGAGGUACUAUUUCUGGGUUAGUGGAGUCUGUAACCUGAAGCAUAUGUAACCUGAAGCGUAUGUAACCCGAGGUACCACUGUAUUCAAUGGAGCUUACUCCCAGGUAACUGGGUAAAGAUUGUGCAGCCUUACACUGCAAUCCUAAGCAGUUUUACUCAGAACUAAGUCACACUGAGUUCAAUAGAAUUUACUCUCUGGUAUGUUCCUGAUCCUUCUCACAGUUUCUUUUCUUUCUUUCUUUCUUUCUUUCUUUCUUUCUUUCUUUCUUUCUUUCUUUCUUUCUUUGGAAACUGCUCAUAGCACAUGUCCUGUAGGUGUCAUUUCUUUUCUUUCUUUUUAAAAUCACUUUUAUUGGGUUGUGUUUUUUUUUUUUUUAAAAAACCCUCAAUAUCUAUAGUCAUUACAUUACAUUCAAAUUUCCCCCUUCCCUUCUGACUUCCCUCAACUUCCAUCCCUGGUUUAUUACAUCUCAUAUUACAUCCUGCUGUUUAUACAUACUUCUAUAUUGUCAUACUAUUAGGUUUCUUGUUUUUUAUAAAUACAAUUGCAAAUGUUUAUUUAAAUCCUGCCAAUGACUCUAUUUUUUUUGUUGUUUCUGCAAAUAUGAUGUAAAAAGUUCCCAUUCUUUUUCAAAGUCACUAUUGUCUUUUUGCACAGUUUUAUCUGUUAACUUUGCCAACUCUGCAUAGUUCAUCAGUUUCUCUUCCCACUGUUCCUUUGAUGGUAUUUCUCCAGUCUUCCAGUUCUGUGCUAUCAGAAUUCAGAACCUUCUCACAGUUUCCAUUAUUAUUAUUAUUAUUAUUAUUAUUAUUAUUAUUAUUGACACGGGUGUUGCUGUGGUCUGAACCACUGAGCCUCUUGGGCUUGCUGAUCAGAAGGUCAGCGGUUCAAAUCCCUGCGACGGGGUGACGUUGCUCUGUCCCAGCCCCUGCCAACCUAGCAGUUCGAAAGCACACCAGUGCAAGUAGAUAAGUAGGUAGGUAGGAAGGUAAAUGGUGUUUCCAUGUGCUCUGGUUUCCGUCACAGUACAACCCCAUAGUCGCCUUUGGCUGGACUUAACAGUCCAGGGGUCCUUUACCUUUUUACCUGUUAUUAUUAUUGUUAUUAUUAUUAUUAUUUUCACCAGAGAAAUGUUGGAGGAUACAUCUCCACACUUGUACAGAAAUAUGAAGCGAGAAUCAUUCUCCUUAGAUCCCUGCUUCCAUCUAUUCAUCUAAGUGAGGAAGCUCCUGCAGCCAAUCAGAAGCUGCAGAAGCUGCAUCGGAUGUUUGGGUUCCGAAUAACAUUCGCAAACCGGAACACUCACUUCCGGGUUUGCCGCGUUCAGGAGCCAAAACGUCCGAGCACCAAGGCAUUCGGGAUCCAAGGCACGACUAUAAUUUUCUCUUAAACCAUAGCAAGCUGUAAAUUUUAUACCCCUUUUCCGCAGUCGUCCCCAUGCUUCCAUGUCUAUAUUAUGAAAAAUCACUCUUUUUCUUAUUCAAAUUCCACAGGCCCCGAGAACAUGGUAUCGAAUGAGGCUAAAGAAAUCUCCUGUGACUGGUUUCUGCGCCUUGCUCGCCUUGUCUGUGGUGGCUCUUACUAGUUUCUCUUCGACAUCCCUGAACAGCUACAAGAAGUCCAAUUUCCAAUACCUGCCUGGGAAUGAGCCUCGAGGGAAAGCUGCCCGUCCCAAGCAUUUGUGGGCAUCCUCUACGGUUCCCAUUGCCUGGCAGGCUUGGCGUCAAAGCCGCCGGGAAUGGCCCAGCCAUCAGGGAAGACAAACUCUGCCAAACCCCAGCUCAGCCCGCAAGCAGAAGAGCCAGGGAGGGCGAAAUCUUAGGGGUUUAAAAUCAAAGGGGCAGGUUAAGAAACAUAAUGUCGCAGCAAAAAGCUCCGAAUGCAGCAGAGAAAUCCGGCGUCAAGCCUAUCCCUUCAGGACUGGCCAGAAAAACAUGAGAAAGUUUGAUGCCAUUUUUGCCAGCGAAGAUCUGAGCACAAAGAAAAUGGCGGGUCAGAAACCGCAGAGGGAGUCGGCCCCAUCCUCUCAUCCUUUCCGAGAUGUGGAGCCUGGAGCUCUUUUAUAUCUCAAGAAUGCAUCCACAGGCCCGCGGACUUCUCCUCAGGAACAAUGUAAGGCCAAUGUGCAGACAGCUGGCGCCAAACAUCAACGCUCAGGUGUCAUGAAAGCCAUCACCUCAGGCGGAAAGUCGUUCCGCGGCACGGCAGGCAUUGGGGGACCGAUGGAAAACUCUCACUCUCAGAACCCAGAACCAUCUUCGUUUUGGGUCAGAGACGCAGAGGAGCUGCAGAAAUCACAGUGGUGCAAGGAUCCCCAACCCAACGGCGUUUCUGGAAGACCAGAAGGCAGUCUGAGGUUGGGCGAAAACGCCCUUCCGUGGUUUACGCCGGACGAUGUGGAGAAGAUGAAACUCCUUGCCAAUGGCACGGUUGUGAGCAAACACCGAAUCCCUGCCCAUGGGCAAAUACUCCGGGUUGUCCUUUCGCCCAGCCAAGACGCAAUUUCCCACGACGCCAAAAGACUCUGUUCUGAGGGGCUGUGUGGAGUAAUCAAAAGGCCCACUGACCUCUAUGAGGUUCUAGCUUUCCACUUGGACAGAGUCUUGGGGCUCCACCGGAGCCUGCCUGUGGUGGCCAGGAAGUUUGUCAGUCCCCUGCUCCCUUACAAAUACACCGACGGUGCCGCCAGACCCAUCGUAUGGUGGGCCCCCGACAUACAACAUCUGAAUGAUCCCGGGAAUGACCAGAACUCCUUUGCUCUAGGGUGGCAGCAGUACCAGGAGUUGCUGAGGCAACGGUGUGGCAUGGAAGAUUCCAGAACAACUCUUGGGAAGGGACGAUGUUUGACCGUCCUGCAUUCGGAAUGGGCCAAGCUGGCCCUUUUUGACUUUCUCCUGCAGGUAAACCUUGUGGUGGAGCAACCUACCUUCCUUCCUUCCUUCCUUCCUUUUCCUGAACAGUGCAACUGCCAAGUCAUGAUAAGAGGCCGAAUGGUGCUCCUUAUGAGUACUGUCAUACCUCGGGUUACAGACACUUCAGGUUGCAUUUUUUCAGGUUACGGACCACCGAAACUCAGAAGUAGUGGAAUGGGUUACUUCUGGGUUUCGGCGGUUGCGCAUGCGCAGAAGCGCUGAAUCGCAACCCGCGUGUGCGCAGACACACAGACGCAGGUUGCAAACCUGCACAUUCGCAACCCACUGUACAGCCGUAAAUUCAUUCACAUGUUUUGUACACUCUGCUUUAAAAUUCAUUUUAAGACUUGGAAUAUCACGCGUCAAUUUUCUAUGAGAACACUGCUUGAUGCUUCCAUACCAACACUCCAAAUCACUUAAAAUAUGCAUUGCAUGUCUUUAGAAUCAAUUUGUGACAACUGAACAUCUUUAAGUCCACCAAUAUUGGUUGCCUUGACUUGGCUGUUUUGCUCACAAAUUUAUUGACAGCUGCACGAAUUAUGGUAGCAAGGAAGUAGAAGGGGCAAGCAGAAUGUAAAAUGGAAGAAUGGUAUAAAGAGGUGUGGGAUACAGCUAUUAAUGAUAAAUUAACAUGUGACAUUAAGAUAAGAUGGGAAAUAAGCAGGAUAAAUAAUUUUGAAGAGAUAUGGAGGGUGUUUCUAGAAUUUGUACUGUUAAAAUGGAAAGGGGUCAAACCAUCACAAGAGGUGUUGAAAUUUUGGGAGGUUGGAUAGUUACAAUGGAAUGGUCUCAGUGGUGGGUUGCACAUUUUUAUUCUUAUUUAUUUAUGAUUAGUACUUUGUCAAAAAGAAGAAGAACAAGAACCACUGGCCUGGCUUAGUAUAAGGCACCUUCUGAUGUUCCUAUGCCACGCUGGGCAAAGAUUUUGAUUUAAGUGCACUGAACUGUAGAGAUUCGCUCAUGCAGAGAACCAAGCCGUAUUCUCCUGUUGGCUUGUGUUCCUAAUAACUCUUUGCAGAGCCGUUUAGAAAUCCCACCAAGAUGAGAGCGCUUUUCCAUUAUUAAAUGUGAGCACAAGACUUUCCCAUAAUCUUAUUAUUUGCAGCUCUCUUAAUAUACGGCUCUUUCACAUGUUUCCCCAAAGACCAGCUGCGCUCGUUGGAAAUCCAUCCUAAACUGCACAGACUAUUACUGUUGGUUGUGGGUUUGAAUGUGUGGUUUUUUAACACCUUGAGUCGCUGAUAUGAUUCCGAUUGCUCUGUGAACAGCUCUCCACAGGAAUAAGGGUUCAUUGCCAAGAAAAAUCUCAGAGAGAGAGAGAGAGAGAGAGAGAGAGAGAGAGAGAGAGAGAGAUGUGCUGUGGAUGAUUUUUUUAAAAUGACAACAAAGCAGAUGCUAUUUUCAGGACUUGAUUUGAAAUAUCUGGCAGUUCUCACAGCCCCAGUUUCCAUACGAGAUUGUGCUAUAGGUGUGUAGCACAGGCGUACACACGCUUCGACAAACUUAUCCUCCAAAAACUGCAGCACAAAACACACCAAUAGUCUUAUUUUUCUUUCACGCCCCAAAUUAUCCCUUUCUGCUUUUCUCUGUAACUUUGUGGCUGGGAAAGGGGGUGCAAGGUUUUGAGCUGAAAAGCAGACAGAAGGGAAAGAGUUAAGUAUCUCCCCCUGACUUCCCAGUGCAGAAACCAGAAGCAUAACACCAGGAAUGCUCUUAAAUGCAACUUCUAUGUUAACAUCUAGUUUGGACCUCAAUCCCCAUUGAACCUGUCAAGUUUUGUUGAGGUAAACAGGGAUGGGCCAGGCUAUCUGGGUAGUUAAUAUGCAGCAACUGGAGUUUGGCAUCAUUGCAAAAUUUAUUCAAUAUUUGCUUCUUCCAGGUACAAACAUUUUUUUGUUUGCUUGGCUUGUGUGUGUAUUUUAAUACUUAUUUUGGCAGGUACUAGGGUUAUAGAGAUAAAGAGCUGCGUGAAGUGUGGAAUGCAAGGGAGAACAAGGUUUUAUUCUUUAAAGAAGAAAAACCUUACAGAGGCAUUGUAAGAGAGAUUGGCUCCAAGGGUAGAUUUACACUCCUGGUUUUUAAUGUUAAGGAAUGGUUUUGAUAACAUAUAUGGACACACGACAUCCUAUUUCUAAUGUUCUUAAUGUGUUAUUAUAGGGACGCGGGUGGCGCUGUGGUUAAACCACAGAGCCUAGGACUUGCCGAUCAGAAGGUUGGCGGUUCGAAUCCCCGCGACGGGGUGAGCUCCCAUUGCUCGGUCCCUGCUCCUGCAGUUCGAAAGCACAUCAAGCGCAAGUAGAUAAAUAGGUACCGCUCCGGCGGGAAGGUAAAUGGCGUUUCCGUGUGCUGCUCUGGUUCACCAGAAGCGGCUUAGUCAUGUUGGCCACAUGACCCGGAGGCUGUCUGCAGACAAACGCCGGCUCCCUCGACCUGUAGAGUGAGAUGAGCGCACAACCCCAGAGUUGUCCGCAACUGGACCUAAAGGUCAGUGGUACCUUUACCUUUUAAUGUGUUAUUAAAAUAUGACACUGGAAGGCGCUGUUGAGCAACCAGCAACAGGGAGACAGCAUUUCGACUGGGGCUGGGGUGGAAACCAAGGUAAAAAAUACAUAAGGAAUUGGGAAAAUGUUUGAAAGUACUUUCCCAAAAAAACCUAGAGUCCUUUCUGUUGUCAGCUUCCUAUGUUCCCUAUAGAGCCAUAAAAUACAUAUUACCUUCCCCCCGCUCCCCAUCCUGUCCAACCUUAAGAACAAUAUACAGAACCAUGGAGGGAUGGAUGCAAGAGCAGUAAUUUCAAUGCCACCAACUGUGUAAUGGUGGCUCUAGGAUAAUUUUUGGAAGGUAUCAGUAUUUUCCCUGGCAACCCCAGAAGACGAGAAAUCUGAACCAUCAUUAAACGGCUGCCAACUCUCACACUUUCAGAUAUUCCACUAACGCGCCAUCUGCUGAAAUGGUGUGACUUAUCAGUAGAGUGAAAAAGAGAACAAACGGUGCUUUCUCAUGUUACGAAAUCGCCCGAAAAAUCAACGCCUCACUUAAACUGCACAAGUUGGAGCAUGCAGUUCAAACCAGGCUCGAGGCGGCUUGCAACAUGAAACAAAUACCGAACUGCCGCAUCGCAAAAGGAGUCACAAAUAAUAAAUGAAGCGUUUUUAAAAAAUACGCAACCAAACGGAACCGUUUCCGCAUGAGUCGCAACAAAAUCUGAAAUAAGGAUGGAGAAAACGGAGAGCGACGACAGCAACGACCCCCACCCUAGGGUGCCAACUUGAGUAAAAUAUUGGGGGGUGGUAGAAAAGCCCAGCCCAAUCGCAAGAAGUGGUACCCACCCACUCUUUGAAUGGCAAUGCCCAUCAACUUUAGGGGGGAGACCCUCAAAUACUUUAUUGGGGGCCAAAGGGACCUCAGCCCCUAGGAGUUGGCUCCUGAUCUCCACCCCACAUAACCCACAAAACAACACCCCCAGCCCAAGAGUCUUUUCAGCAGCCUCCGCUUUUGUAGUUGGAGUCAGUCAGAGACUCCAGAUGAGGUCUUCCAGGACUCACAGCCAAGAUGGUCUGGCCUGUUCAGCAGCCUCCAACCUUGCCAGACAAUUGCUUUUUCAGAAUGGGUGGUGGCUGAUUGGCUAAUUCUGGGCUGCUCCUGUAGGCCAAUCAGGUUGCGGAUUCACUUUCUCCAGAAGCCUGAUUGGCUGCUGCUGCAGGCCAGUCAGGUUGCUGAUUCACUUCCACCUGGAGCUGGAUUGGGUGGCUCCUGCGGACCAAUCAGACUGCUGCAUUCUGGAUCCUAUUGUUCUAGGAUUCAGCUCAGUACAUAACAGUAACCCUGGCUUGAAUUCAACCUGGGGGGAAAGGAAGAACCGGGAGCUCGCUCCAAUGUUUUCCUUGGCAUCGGAAACUUGGCACCUUUGGAAUCUGAUACCUUUUUCUGUUGCUGUGGAGGGUGACUGAAAUAAGUGGCCCAUCUGACAAAGCACGGGCUUCAGUGUGUGCUCCUUGUUCCUUCUUUUAGCCAACAUCUUCCAUCAUCAGACAUCAUAUAUGACACCAGGCCUGGGAAAGGUUGAUGUGCUAUGCUCUAAAAAGCCUGGAAGGCCAACCUCUCACAGUCUGGCGUGCCUCUAGAGUACGGAUCAGCAAGGUUUAUCUCGUGUGGGCCGGUUCACUCCAGUGGAGAUCCCUCUGUGGGCCAGAUCAUGUGCGCACGUCCACAAUUUCCGGCGCCUGCAUCUGUGCAGACACAAUUUCCAGUGCCUACGUCUGUACAGACGCAAUUUUUGGUGCCUGCGCCUGUGCAGAUGCAAUUUCUGGCGCCACGGAAGUGAGUCCCCGUGCUGCACUGUGGCGGUUUAGCGCAGCGAGCGGGGACUCGCCGAGUGGAUGGCUAGGUUCGAGGGCGGCUCAUGUGCUGGUUAAAUGACCCCCGUGGCCCGCUUGUGGCUCAUGGGCCUUAGGUUGCCGACCCCUGAUCUAGAGGUGCCCAUCACCAGUGUCGUAGCGUGGGUUGCUGGCUCCAGGCAAGUGUUGCGCUUCCCUGCUGGACUGGACAGUGGCUAGUCCUUUCGCCGGCCAGCAUCUAAUCAAGGGAGUCUGAAAUAUAGUCAGAGUCGAGAGUGGAUUUCAUGCUCUUUAUUCAGCUCAUAGUGGUGAGGAGGAAUGAAAGUUCCCCUCCCUCCUCAGUGGGCGACGACAGCGCCCUCCCUCUUGGCCAGCCCAAGGUCAGGUUGUGCGUGAGCAUCCCUUCUCUGGCCAUGAGGAAGAGGUGCCCCCACCCCAGCCCCAAAGACUCGUCCCAUUCGCUGCUUGCCUCCCUGCGGCUUCGACCUCAAUUUGGGAUCCUGUCCUGGGGCACCCGGGGCCACGGUCCUCCCAUGCUAUGCCAUGGCCAGUCACUGAAGUAAAUCAUGUAAACAUCAGGCUGUAAGUGCGGAAAGUACUAUCAUCAUCAUCAUACCCUGCCCAUCUGGUUUCUCCAGCCACUCUGGGCGGCUUCCAACAAAGAUUAAAAAUACGUUAAAACACCAGUCAUUAAAAACUUCCCUAAACAGGGCUGCCUUCAGAUGUCUUCUAAAAGCAAGAUACAGUAGUACCCCAUGUUACAGACGUUUCAGGUUACAGAAGCUUCAGGUUACAGACUCUGCUAACCCAGAAAUAGUACUCGGGUUAAGAACUUUGCUUCAGGAUGAGAACAGAAAUUGCAUGGCGGCGGCGCGGCAGCAGCAGCAGGAAGCCUCAUUAGCUAAAGUGGUGCUUCAAGUUAAGAACAGUUUCAGGUUAAGAAAAGACCUCCAGAACGAAUUAAGUUCUUAACCCGAGGUACCACUGUAGUAGUUUAUCUCUUUGACAUCUGAUGGGAGGGCCUUCCACAGGGUGGGCGCCACUUCUGAGAAGGCCCUCUGCCUGGUUCCCAUUGACAUUCUUGUUUUAUAGGUGGGGCUGAAUGAGUGACUAAUCUGGGCAGUUACGAUUAGGCUCCAGAUCCUAGGCUCCAGAUCCUAGGUUACUCUGCAGUCCAGUAGACCACACAGUCUCCAAGGACAAACAACCUAGAGAUUGUCCGCCAGCCGCCAGCAAAUAUUUGUCUUCCGUACAAGGAAAGGUGUCUGUCUGACAUUACAGAUACAGAAUUCUUACGCCUCUGAAUCCUUCACAUCUCCUGCAGGUCCACGACCGCCUGGAUCGAUACUGCUGUGGCUUCCAGCCAGAUCCUUCUGAGCCCUGUGUUCAGGAACUGCUCCAUGAGAAGUGCCAAAAUCCUGCCGAGCUGGUCUUGGUUCAUAUCUUGGUAUGCCACUUCACUGUGAAUUGAGUUUGUUUCUGUUCUAACAAAGGAUUCUCUGAAUCCCUGGACUUCCCUUCACCCCUCCGUGGUUUCCAUAGUUAUUCUUUUCCAGCUGCAUCAUAUAAUGUUCUCCAUAUUUUCUUAACACUCAGUUCUCACCAUAGUUGUUGUUACAUUGCAAGUGUUUUUUAAAACCCUGCCAAUGAUUUUAAUUGUUUACAGUGUUCUUUUAAAAUAGAUUUUAAAAAUUGUCCAGUAGCACCUUAGAGACCAACUAAGUUUGUUCUUGCUAUAAGCUUUCGUGUGCAUGCACACUUCUUCAGAUACGAAAGCUUAUACCUAGAACAAACUUAGUUGGUCUCUAAGGUGCUACCGGACAAUUUAUUAUUAUUUUAUAUAUUUCGACUGCAUCAGACCAACACGGCUACCUACCUGGAUCUAGUGUUCUUUUAAGUAACUUAUAAAUUUUCGCCAUUCUUUAUUAAAUUUAUUAUCCUCUUGAUCUCUGAUCUUCCUGGUCAUUUUUGCCAUUUUAGCAUAGUCCAUCAUCUUCAUCAGCCAUUCUUCUCUUGUAGGUAUUUUAUCUUCCUUCCAUCUUUGGGCUAAUAACAUCCUCACAGCUGUCGUCGCGUACAUGGACAGUCUUUUCUGUUCCUUUGGUGUUUUUGGACCUAGAAUACCUAAUAGAAAAGCUUCUGGUUUUUUCACAAAAGUUAUUUCAAACAUUUUUUUCAACUCAUUGUAAAUCAUUUCCCAACAUGCUUUUAUCAUCUUGCACGUCCACCACAUGUGGUAGAAUGUGCCUUCCUUCUCUUUACACUUCCAACAUAUAUUUGUAGCAGUUCUAUACAUUUUUGCUAGUUUAGUAGGAGCCAGUUACCAAUGAUACAUCGUUUUCAUAUAAUUUUCUUUCAAUGUGCAGCAUGCUGUGAAUUUUAAAUCCUCCCUCCAUAAUUUCGCCCAUGAUAAAAGUUGUAUAUUAUGUCCAAUAUCCUUUGCCCAUUGUAUCAUUACUGAGUUUCUGUUCUAACACUUGGUGAUUUGUGGACUAGCCUGGCGAUGCCUUCUUGCUUCUUACUAAAACAUUUUGGAUGAAAGAAAAUAGGAAUGAAAGAAGAUGAAGUAUGAAGUCUCUUGGGGGAAGCGAGAGACUUCUGCUGCUAAGGACCACUGCGCAUUUAGUAAUUGCUUUGUGGAGGAUAUUGCUGCACACAUAAAAAUGUCCAUAUAGCACCGAGGUGUAGGACAAACAUGCCAACAUUUCCCAAAAUGUUCUGUAACAGACUGUUCACAUUCAUGUACCUGUGUCCUGAGAGCCAGUGUGGUGUAGUGGUUAAGAGUGGUAGAUUCGUAAUCUGGUGAACCGGGUUCGCGUCUCUGCUCCUCCACAUGCGGCUGCUGGGUGACCUUGGGCUAGUCACACUUCUCUGAAGUCUCUCAGCCUCACUCACCUCACAGAGUGUUUGUUGUGGGGGAGGAAGGGAAAGGAGAAUGUUAGCCACUUUGAGACUCCUUCGGGUAGUGAUAAAGCGGGAUAUCAAAUCCAAACUCUUCUCUUCUUCUUACUGCCAAGUUGAUUCUUCUUUUCCAGAUCCGGAGGAGCAAGCCUUCACACUUAGUAUUUAUUGACAACGCAGGCAGACCGGGCCAUCCAGAUGCAAAACUGAACUUCAGGCUGCUGCAAGGCAUAGACGGGUAAGAUGGGCAUUGGCAAGUAUUACCUGUGGGCUGUAUAUACUCAAUAACAUUUCCUCCCCACGGUGCCCAAAAUAUUGAUGAUACAACUAGGACAGCCCUGUUCCUUUUGAGCAGGAGAUGGUUUAGUGAGUAUCCAUUCUUAUUUAAUAAAUAAUAAUAAUCUGGAGGUCAGAAAUGAGAAACAAGUCGCUUUAAUGUUUAUAGACGCAGAAAAGGCCUUUGAUAAUAUUUCAUGGGCAUUUAUGAAGAAAACGAUAGAAAUGAUGAAUUUUGGAGAGGCUUUUGGUAAAAGUAUUGAGGCAAUUUAUUCAGAACAACAAGCUAUGCUGAUUGUGAACAACAGGAUUACGGAAAAAUGUAAAAUAAUGAAGGGGACAAGGUAAGGGUGUCCCCUGUCACCGUUAUUAUUUAUAUUAGUAUUAGAAACCCUGGCAAAAAAGAUACGAGCAGAUGAUACAAUAAAAGGAAUAAUGGUAGGAAAUAAAACGUAUAAAUUGAAAGCUUUUGCAGAUGACCUUGUGAUUACAGUAGAAGAUCCUAAGAACAGUUUACCGAAAGUGUUGGAGAGGAUCCAGGAAUUUGGACACAUAGCAGGAAUCAAAUUAAAUAAAAAUAAAACUAAGAUAUUGAUGAAAAAUAUGGCAAAGCAACAUAAAAAGGAUCUACAACAAGUUUUCGACUUAUGUAUAUAUAUAAAAGUUGAAUACUUGGGAGUAUGGCUAACAGCUAAAAAUAUUAACUUAUUUAAAGAUAAUUAUAUAAAUAUCUGGAAAGACAUAAAGAGAAAUUUGGAGAUUUGGGGUAGGAUGAAAUUAAUCCUUCAAUAAAUAUCGGGAGGAAAAGAAAUAGAUCCCAGGGAGCAGAAGUUGGAUUGCUUCGUAUGCUGCCUUCAUGCACUAAUACUUUAGAAUAUGGGAUUCUGUCUAUAAAAAACACAACUUUUAAUUUCUUUGGUCAGGUUUCCUGAGACAGCUGUGACUGUGCUCAAGUCAGGAUGCUUGCAAAACCUGCUUUUGCAAUCUCUGUAUGUCGAUGAGGAAUUCUGGGGAAACCAGGGUGGACGUGAAGGAAUGAAGAAUUGGCUCCAAACCAUCGACAGGAGAGGACAGAUUCUGCUUAGGUAUAUUCAGGAGCACAACUUAACGGUCACAAAAGAAUCCUCGCGUUAGUCUUUCUUGACAAGGGUGACACACUCACCUGCAACAAAAAGGAGCUUUUGAGCUUUGUCUGUGAAAAUACCUCUGUGCCAGCAGACACACAGG